GAAGGGACUCAUACUCAGCUUAGCCCCCUCACCACUCUGUAUGUCCUGUACGUACAGGCUGAUGUCCCCCUCCAGCCGGACUUCCAAGAUAACAAAAUUAUAGGACAGUGGUAUGGCAUCGGAGUGGCUUCCAACUCUGCCUGGUUCAAGGAUAAGAAGCAGUUCUUGAAGAUGUGCACCACUGUUAUUACUCCCACUGCUGAUGGGAACCUUGACGUUGUGGCCACCUAUCCUAAGCAAGACCGAUGUGAAAAGAAGAGCAUGACCUACAUCAAAACUGAACAGCCUGGCCGUUUCUUGUCCAAGAGCCCACGAUACGGCAGUGAUCACGUCAUCUCAGUGAUUGAGACCAACUACAAUGAAUACACCCUGAUGCACACUCUGAAGACCAAGGGUAGUGAGGUCAACACCGUUGUGUCUCUGUUUGGCAGAACCCCAAAUCUGAGCCUUGAACUCCAAGAGAAAUUCAAGCAGACUGCUAAGGAAUACGGACUGACUGAUGAAAACAUCCUCAUCCUUCCUCAAACCGAUAAGUGCAUGCCCGAAGCCUAA